CGGCGGGCGCGGGUUGCCGAGGGCCGCUUUGAGGCGCGCACCGCGCGGCGCGGCGCCGGCAUGAGGGAGCUGCCGCCGGGCCCGGGGAUGGAGAGCGACAUCUUGGACGCGCUGGAGGCCUUAGGGUACACUGGUGCCCUGUUGGAGGAGGAGGCCCUGAAAAAAGCAGCAGAAAAUGGGUUGUCUUCACCAGAAUUUUUUGAGCUUUGCAUUUGGUUAGGUUCCCAGAUAAAGUCACUUUGUAAUAUGGAAGAAAGCAUCACUGCAACAGAUGGUGUGAAAGAUAUAGAGAGCUUCCAGCUUGAAAUUAGUGGCUUUCUGAGAGAAAUGUCUUGUCCGUAUUCGUCACUGGUGUCUGGAGACAUCAAAGACAGAUUAAAAGAGAAAGAAGAUUGUCUUAAACUCCUGUUAUUUCUAAGUACAGAACUUCAGGCUUUAAAGAUACUGCAGAGCAAGAAAAUUAAAGGCUCUCAUUUGGAAAAGCACAGUGAUGUUAUUCAGGAAGUGCAAGCUAUUUGUGAUGCACUGGGUCUGCCAAACUCCUCAUCCUCUGGUAUUCCUCCCUUGUUAACCAGUGUGGAACAAAAGAUAAAGGACAUUCUCUCAAAAGUUAAAAAUAACCAUGUGGGGAAAUCACUGCUAACAAAACCUCUGAACUCUGACCAAGUGGAAAGAUUGGAAAAAAUCAAUGAUGCUCUUUGCAGUGAGUACGAGUGUCGACGGCGGAUGUUGAUGAAGAGGCUUGAUGUGACUGUGCAGUCUUUUGGCUGGUCUGAUAGAGCAAAGGUAAAAACAGAUGAAAUAGCACGGAUCUAUCAGCCCAAGCGCUAUGCGUUGUCUCCAAAGUCGACCAUUUCAUUAGCUCACCUUCUUGCUGCUCGUGAGGAUUUGUCCAAGAUCAUAAGAACAAGUAGUGGAUCAACACGGGAGAAGACUGCCUGUGCUAUCAACAAGGUUCUGAUGGGGAGAGUCCCUGACCGUGGAGGCAGACCAACAGAGAUCGAACCACCUCCUCCCGAAAUGCCUCCAUGGCAGAAAAGACAAGAAGGUGGAGGAAGAGGUGGCUGGGGGGGCGGUGGUGGUGGUGGAAGGGGUAACUGGGGGGGUGGAGGGGGUAGAGGAGGAGGAGGUGGAGGUUUCAGAGGUGGUGGAAGAGGUGGAGGUGGCUUCCAAAGUGGAGGUGGCUUCCAAGGUGGCAGGGGAGGUUAUGGUGGCAGGGGAGGCUAUGGUGAUCCAUAUGGUGGGAGAGGAGGGGGAGGAUACCGAAGAUACUAAAGUACUGUUAAUCCUAACAGAGUAACUGGCAGAAUAUAGUGGUGGUGUUUACUGGUACUAGGAAUUUAGGUAUGUUGACUUGGGUUAGGUUAGAAUUAAGUAUGACCAUAUGAGUAAUUUCAUUAGUCCAACUGAUGUUUUCACUGAAUUCUUUUAGUUAACAGAAGUUUUAUACCAAAAUCUGAUUACUAAAGUCCUUGUUUUUCAUACUGCUUAUAUGGUGUUUUUUAUUAUGUUAUUUUAUUUAAAAUAAGUCUCAGAAAACUGAAUAAAACCCUUUCUAAACAAACAAAAAUAUAUUAAUGGUCAGACCUCCCUAAUUAUUGCAUGUUGCAUGUCUACUCUCCUGCUCCAAAAUGUUGUCUAGAAAAAACAAAGUAGGCCUAAGAACUGGAUGAAACCACUUUUAAAAGACUCAAGAAUGCUGCAUUCAGGGUUGUUCUCUUCAUCUCAUUGUUCUUCAUUCACAGUUUUCAUGUGGGACAUGUAAACAAAUUUUAAUUUCAAAUGUUAAAAUCCUUAAUGCUUUGGUCAGUUAUUCAAUUAGAUUUGAUUAUUCUUGCAGAACUUCGCAUUAUAGUAAAAUUGUGAAUUAGUACUCUGCACUAAUUAAUUGAACCAGAGGGUUUUUGUGUUCAUAAUGUAUCAGACACUCUUUAAUGGUCAGAGCAUGUACUGUAAACUCAUAGUUUUGAUAAUGUCUUAUUUUCCUUUUACUUGUUCAUUGUUGGUGUUUCAUAAAAAAAUAAUUAUAAAUCAUAUAGGGCAGAAAACCUGCAGCCAUCAUGUCUGGUAUGAAUUCAUGUGUAUAUCCUUGUGGAUCAGCUUUGAGACACAAAGUUUGAAUAAGCUGAGCUUCCUAAGAAUGUGACAUUUCUUCUCACCUUUCUUUCUUUCCCCUUGUUUAAGUUACCCUUUUCUCCCCUGCCUGCUCUCUGUUUGCAAGUCACCAACUGCCUGGCUAAUAAGUUAACUAGACACCUCAUGCAGCAGUUGCCUUUUCUCAGUGAUUUCUUUCUCUGCCAACCUAAAAGAAGCCCUGUCUUGACAUGGUAUGGGUGCCUUCUCCCUCACAUACACUGUUAGUCUGGCAGGAGUUAGCUGUCAUCCCAUCAUGGCUGUAAAUAUAUGUAGACAGGAAUUAAAUUUAAAGCUGCCACUUAAAGAAGUCAGUUUCAGUUUUUAGCUCUCCCAUGUUGUGAGGCCGCUCCUGAGAACAGAGGUGGAAAGGGGAUGAUGCCUGAGUAUGUUCUCAUGACAGCAUUUAUUAGGGUCAGGUCACCACAGAGAAUUCAGGAAGACAUCUGAUUAACCUGGUGUGUCCAAUGAUUAAAUAGCACAGCAAAUUUGAGCCCUUGUAAUUGUAGGUGUAACUGCAGGUUGAACUUCAGGAUUUGAUUCUGGAUUUAUGUUCCUUAGUUACAAGUUCCUUCUGCACAAAUGUCCUAUUGGUGUCCAUUGGUAUGCUUUAAAGAUGUUUUUACCUUCAUAAACAUAUGUAUCAUGUCCUGUUUGAUUGGCAACUUCAUGCAUGAAUUUCAAGUUCUGUUCCAAAUCAAAUUAUUAUCUUUCAAAAGUUUUUCUCCUGUUAUUUCUUUUCUCAUCAGUUUGCUUGAGAAUGCUGCUUCUAAUGUGAUAAAUAUGGCUUUAGCCAGGCUUUAGGGUUCCAGCAGGUGCCUGACAAAAAGAAGAAGUUUUGCUUGCUAGAACAUGUUAGCUGGGAUGUGAAAUUUGCAAUAAUGGCAUCAUGUCACCCAACUGCUAGCACUGUAGUUCCUUUGCCAAAUUUUUUCUAUGCUUCUUACUGACCUAAACCUUGGCAGCUUCUGCAGUCUUUAUGGAGAGACCCCUGAUGGGUCACAUGGGAGCACAGUACUGGGUCCCUCGAUUCUGAGCUUGGUUUUUGCCUAAUGCUCUGGAAUAGCUCCCAAAGUGAUGGCACAGCAAAUGAGACUGCUGGCCUUGGAGUGAAGUGUUGGUCAGCAAAGGAAUAGAGAGCAGUUUUUUAACAACCCAAGACUUAAGAUUAAAUUCUGUUUGCUCAUCCCAGUUUUACUUUUUGCUACAAGUAAUCAGCAGGUAUCCUGUGGCUUCACCAAGGAAAUACACUCGGAAAAACAAACAACUUACCUAUGCUUAAGGGUUUCAUUAGUCUUAGGAUGCAAGCUUGCAACAGUUUAGUUGGAUUGUUGUAACUGCAGAUGUGGAUGUGCCUCAGUGUUUUUACACUCAUCAGUCCAUCCUGUUUGUAAUAGGCAGGACAGUUUUGAAUGAAGUAAAUAAUCAAGUGAAGCAGGUACAUGCCCACUUCAAUUCUAACAGUUAAAUUAUUUCAGUAUGACAUUUCAGUUAUAUGUAUGUAGACCAUGUAAAAUAUGAAAAUACAAACAGGCUGGAGAUUUUCUUUUUUUAAUCUGGCCAUUUCUGUUUUUCUUAAGUAACUUCAAAAUGUGAACCCAGUAGUUGAAAACUAAAGUAAAUAGUUUUUAGUAAAUAGUUAAAGUAAGCACCACCGUAUUUCAUGGAGGUAUCCUUUGCUGUCCUCUUGCCAGAAUGUAUGCUUUUAAUUUCUCAAACAAUGCAAUAACACCAUGGAAGUAAUUGAUUUAAACCUCAAGUUUUGUCUUGAAAAAAGUAUUUUCAAAAAUUCUGUUGUAAGCAAAAGAUUUUCAUCUAUAUGUUUGUGAACAUUUUUGUGUUUAUUCGCACUUAAUGAAUACCUAAAUUAAUAUUUGUUUGUUGAAGAACUGAAAAAAAAAGGCUGGGGAUUUUUUUCAGGAUUUGAGAGAGACACUUUUGUCAACAGCUGUAAACACUGAGGA